AGCAAAGGAAACCUCCCUCCCCGAAAGCGAACCCCUCUCCCCCCCUACUUUUUACGACGAGAAGACCGACGCGACCGCGCGGUUCUGGCCGGACAGAGCCGCCGCCCCCCUCCCCUCGCUACCCCGCCGCCGCCCCGCCUCACCUGACGACGUUGGAACUUCCACGCAAAGACCGGCGUCAUGCUGUGCCGGAAGCUUCUGUUCCUGGCGAUCAUAGGUCUCACUGCUGCAGCACCCGAUAAGCCACUAAGAAACAAUGGAGGCUCAUCUGAAGAAAAUGUUUUCUUCAUUUCUAACAACCCUCGUGCACGCUCCCAUGGCGGCCGUCCUGGGUUCGUAGGACAUGGUGGAAGAUUCCCAGUGUUCGCAAGACAUGCUAAGCCACGAAUCAGGAUCUCAGUCAGGCCUCCCGCUGGGAUAAUUGACACAAGUGCUGUUAAGUCCUCAGCAGCUGGGGGCAGUGCUGUUAGGUCCUCAGCAGCAGUUGGUGGCAGUGCUGUUAGGUCCUCAGCAGCAGUUGGUGGCAGUGCUGUUAGGUCCUCAGGAGCAAUUGGAGGUAGCGCUGUAAAAUCAGCAUCUGGCGCUGGCUUCGAAGGGUACUUUUAUCCGGUCCCAGAGAAUCCUCUCCUUCUAGAUGGGUCUGCAGCAAAGCCAGCUCCAUCACCUACAUCUCUACCAAACCAAAUACCUUCACAGUCCUAUGGCACUCCAGCCUCAUCACACUCUGUUUCUACCAAUGAAGAGGAUGUUGGUUUAUCAAGUGCAGUCCCCUUAAGUGCUGAUGAGGCUUCGUCGGGAUCCCUUGGGAAAGCUAUUGCCCAGAUACUUUCCAAGCUGACAGGUGGCACGGUCCAAUCAAUCAGUGGCAGUUCUGGGUAUGAGCCUCCACCUGGCCCAGUUGGUAAUGUUAACUUUUUCACAGCCUCAGACCCAAAGCAAGUGAAUGCUGGCUCCAAUCCUUCUAAAAGACCAGUCAUCUUACAACCAAGAGUUGAAACUCAUGCUUUCAUUGCUGUAUCACCCUCUGCAACAAAACGACCCAGCACAAAGUAUAGUGCACCAACUGGAGGACACGCUGUUGCAUCACAGCCAGUGGCCCCUGCACCAGCUCCUAGUACAGGCUAUGGAACACCACUGGCAGGACAUGCUGUUGCAUCACAGCCAGUAACCCCUGCACCAGUUCCUAGUACUACCUAUGGAACGCCACUGGCAGGACAUGCUGUCGCUUCACAGCCUAUUGCUCCAGUGCCUUUGCCGCAACAGCCCAGCACAGAAUAUGGCACACCAGUGGGCGGCCAUGCUGUUGCUUCACAACCUGCUACACCUGCACCUGCUCCACAACCCAGCAGUGGUCAAGCUUUUACACCACAGCCUGUCGCCCCUGCACCUGCUCCUAGCACAGAAUAUGGUACACCAUUUGGUGGUCAAGCUGUUGCUCCAGCUCCACAACCUGUUGCUCAACCGCCUGUCAGUGGGCAAGCUGUUGCCUCUCAGCCUCUUGCCCCAGCUCCACCUCCAUCUACUCUGUAUGGCGUCCCUGUAGCACCUCACUCAGCUCCUGUACACUCUGAAGUUCAAACAGGUGGUUCCGCAGUUGCUAGCUCUUCCCAAGCAGCCCUUCCUACUCCAACUCAUAGUCCUUCUUUCCCUGCCCCUACUACCUUUGCUGCCGCCCAUGGUGUUCCAAGUGGCCCUCCUCCUCCAGCUCCACCUGUCCAAACACCUGCUCAAUCUGGCCCACCUUUUAUCCCUACUGCUCCUUCAUUUACUACUCCUCCCCCAGCGUUCUUUACAUCUGCACAAACGUUUGCCCCUGCUUCGCAAACAUUCACUACACCAGCUCCAUCUGCUACUCCCACUGCCAUAACACAUACAACCCCUGCCCCAACAUUCACUCCUGCUCCCCCAGCAGUCACUCAUGCUGAUACCACUCCCGUUUUUGAAUUCCACACACAACGAUUUGAAUUUGGAUCCCCAGUCCCUACAGACGCAGGAGUAACAGGAGUUGCUCAUGGUGCCACUGGCUUCCAAAGUGUUUCUACCCCAAGCCCGUUCCCAUCUAUCACUGUUCGAGGUGAGACAGGACAGAGUGCUGUUGGAUUUAGUACUCCCCAAACUCCAGUUGAUUUUAGUGCUCCACCAGCUACAAUUGGCAUAAGCACUCCUCAACCUGCUGCAGGUUUUGCGGCUCCUCAACCUGCUGGAGGUUUUGCGGCUCCUCAACCUGCUGGAGGAUUUGCGGCUCCUCAACCUGCUGCAGGCUUUGCGGCUCCUCAAUCUGCUGGAGGAUUUGCGGCUCCUCAACCUGCUGCAGGUUUUGCGGCUCCUCAAUCUGCUGGAGGUUUUGCGGCUCCUCAACCUGCUGCUGGUUUUGGUGUCCCUCUGACAGCAGCUGCUUUUGGUGCUCCUCAGGCAGCAACUGGUUUUGCUAACUUUGGGACCACUUCGGGUGCCUUAGGUACACCUCAAGUUGUUGCUAACUUUGGUGCUCUUAGAGAUGAUUUAGGUCAAGUGCCAACAAGUUUCGGCAACAACCUAGGAGUUGCAAAUUUUGGAAAUACUCAGGGUGUCACAAAUUUUGCAUUCCCUAGCUCUGGAGCAUCUCCAGCAGUAGCUGGUGUUGGUACUCCUCUGGAUACAGCUGUUUUUGGCGCUCACGAGGUUGCAGGUGACUUUGGUGCCCCUCAGGGUGCAGCUGGGGGUAUUGGUUUGGUGCUCCUCCAGCUGGGCUUUGGUGCUCCUCAGGAUGCAGCUGGCUUUGGUGCUCACCAGAAUGCAGCUGGCUUUGGAGUCCCUCAAGGUGCAGCUGGUUUUGGUGCUCACCAGGAUGCAGCUGGCUUUGGAGUCGCUCAAGAUGCAGCUGGCUUUGGAGUCCCUCAAGAUGCAGCUGGCUUUGGUGCUCCCCAAGGGCCAGUUGGAUUUGAUGUAACCCAAGGUGCAGUAAGUUUUGAUGCCCCUCAGGGUCCAACAGACUUUAGUGCACCCCAGGGUGCACUUGGCUUUGGUGUUCCUCAAGAGCCACUUGCCUUUGGUGCCCCUCAGGGUACAGUUGACGGUAGAACUUCUCUGGAUGCCUCGAGCUUUGCUGUUCCUCAAGCUGCAUCAGGUUUAGACACAGCAGGCGGUAAUGCUUUCAGUGUUUCUAAUGUUGGGUUACCAGUUCAUCCUGGCAAUGUUGGUGUGCCCUUAGCCAUCACCAACCCACAAGGCAAUUUCAAUCCUGUAGGCAUACCAGGGGCAGAUUUUGGACCUACCCUCAACACUGGAGCAGAUUUUGGACCCAUCCUCAACACUGGACCAAACUUUGGCUUCGACUUCAACGCAAUUCCCUUUACCCCUGAAGAACAACAGGAGCUACUUGCUGCAGCAGGAAUCGGAACACCAGCAUUUGGUAACUUCAAUUUCCAAGUGAAGCGAGAUACAACCAAAGCUAGUGAAAGUUCUGAAGACACGUCCUAACAUGCCAUCAGAGCAGUGGUGUUGGCUGGGCCUUGCCUGGUGCCAGGCUCACAUAUUCACACUAGUCUUCCAGCACUGCUCUUUCAUAUUCUCACUUCAGGAAGCGUGGGUCAAGUUCAUCGUCUACCUUUAUCUCUUCUCUCAUUUCCUAGUCUUUAUAAAGAUAAUGUUGUUUCAUUUCCUAGUCUUUAUAAAGAUAAUGUUGUUUAUAAUGUUAACUUUUAGUGUUAUGUCCAUGACCCAGCACCAAAAUGUCUGUCUUGCUGUACCUUUGCUUCUGUGUUACAUAUGUGUUCGUAUCUAGGGGAAACUGGAGAGUUCAGCGGGACAGGAAAUCACGAACAAACUCCUUGUGUUUACUUUAGAAAAAAAAUAAAAAAUCAUGAGAAAACAAUCGAAAGUCCCCACGGGUGUCCAGAUAUUUGGUUCACAAAGUACAAUUCCUUCCCCCUCCUUUCCUCUGCGCAACCACAGUUUCCAGGCUAUCCUCCUCACUACCCCUGCUCUUCGUCCCUUCUCUAUCCCCCACCCAAACACACUACUUGUCUGGACGCCGCAUAUCCGCUUACGUGAUGAUCGCUCAAAACGUCCCAACAGACAAUCAGUUUCCUCUAAAUAUUUUGAUACUGUAUUUAUUUUUAGUAACAAAAAUAAUCUCCAUACCAAUA